UGGGCUUCUGUAUCUUUAUUUUACAUAUUGUCAUAAUUUGUGUGGAAAUUGUUCAGUUUGGUUGUGUAUUCUUAAACGUUAUGUAUUUCCCCCCCAUAAUGUAAGGCGCCUUGAGCAUGGUUUGAACGGUGGAAAGGCGGCAUACAAAUAAUAUUAUGUAUGUAUGUGCCUACGAUGCCUCAUGAGUCACACCUAACGAAGCUGCGACCUAAUGAAGUUUUUGAUUUAUUUCAAUGUGAUCUACCCCCAAAGUAAACCAGACAGCGUAUUCCAUUGAUUUAAGUGGGGGCCGUAAGUCGAUUUGGCCGGAGAUUCGCUUGGAUUUCAGCCUAACCUCGGCUUCUAUGCGAGUCUUCCGAUUUCGCUUGGUGAAAAAGCCAACCCAGAAAAACAAAGCAGACACGUGGCGAUGUGUGUGGUCGGCAGCUCCGCACUAGGGGCCUGGUUCUGCAAAGCUCGCUUCUCGCUUUCCCAGAGCAAUUUGAACACCAACCCCGCAACACACAUGCUUUUUAAUGCAGGGCUGGAUAUAAACAAACAGCAGCUGCAAUAUUCAAAUGCCUUGUGCUAGCUAAGCCGUAUAGACAGCAGUAGGGCGGAUGAGCCUUAGUCCCUUAGUCCAGCGCCCAUAGAAGAUUGCAAGGACAGCAACGUACACUGAGGAACUGCUCGCUUAUGUAAAACUCCAUCGUUCGAGUUGGCAAUGUGCAAAUUUCCUGAGGCAGGACAGAAAGGAAACCACGACCCCCAUAUUUUGUGAUACCUUAUUUCUUGCUUUUAGAAACCUCAGGUGGAGGGGGCAUGAUUUAGUUAUAAAGUGGAAGGAGUUGGGGGCGAAACAUGUGAACAUAAUUAACGACCUUCGCCCUGCUUUUGUCCCCAUAAUUCGAGCAUUGCUUAUUUGCCACAGCUUUCUUGAGUAGCACCCGGGGGGGGGGGCAUCAGGUUCGCUCAACCAACAGCAUCGUCUGCUUCUCACAUUCUGGUGCUGAUAGGCCUUUAUAAGCAGGUAGACUGCUUCAAAAGACCUUGUUACUUGGAAAGUUAAGUUCUGUCCAAACCAGCCGGGCUUCUGUCUAUGCAGAAAUGUUUGCGAUCCAGGCAGGGUCUGGCGGGUGCUUAUUUUUCGGGGUAGGUGUCCCUACGGCGAAGUCUUGCAGAUCGGAUCAGAUGAUGUGACAACUGGAUCCUUAACAUAUUUGCUUGGAAGCCCUGCUUACCUCCGUCGCAACCCAAGAAGUGGGGAAGUGCUUCCAGAUCCUAAACGGAUUUGAAAAUAAGAAGUUCAAAGGAUUUAGAAGAAACCUUCUUCUGGUUUAGGGCUCAAUUGCUUGAGUUGACCAGGCAUCCCUUUCUGCUGGUAUUUUUUUCCCGGGCUUAGUUGUCAUUUGUCAUUCCGUCGCUUAGUUGUCAUUUGUGGAGAAGUUGGGUUUAUUUAUUUAUUUGGAGUUAAUUACCCAGGUUAGUAAAAUUUGCUCGGGAGAAAACGGAGGCUAUACAGGUCUGGCUGUUAAUCCACGCCAGUUCCUUCAGAACAAUCGCUGGGAAUAAAUUAAUUCUGGACUGCAGUCUUGAGAACCUUCCCCUGAAUAAGGAAGUUGAGUCCCGGAUCUGCAUCAAGCACGUGUCUUCCAAAACAAUUAAAAAUAUUCUUUUGCAGUUUAUGUAUCGUUUCUGAGACUGCUUUCAGUUCACAAACUAGUUCAGGUUGAACAAGACGAACACCCCUUAUGUACCCCAACUCUGGGAGCAAAUCUCCUCGAUUUCCACUGAACAUUCAGCGAUGCGUAAAAGCGCGAGACUUUUCCUGGUCCACCUGGUUUCGGACGCUGUUGCGAAGGGCUUUCGACCUUGGACUUUUCCAGCCCGCGAUGGAACGAGGGCGGCCGUCCUGGGCCCACUGCCGUGGGUGGGGGGAAGCGUCCUGACACGCAAGGUCGCCGCCGCCGCCGCCAGAAGACAUGCGCUUUGGCUCGUCGACUCACAACACCAGCUCUCCAAGCCUUUCACGUGCCGUCGGCAAUCUCUACAGAAAGAGAAGGCUGUUCUGAAGGAGGAAGACUUCGGGGCGUUGCUGCUGCUUGUUUGUUGAGGUGCUGGCGCAGGAGGACGUAUCUGAGGGGAGAAUAAACCUCCGUGCGACUGGAAGCGAAGGGAGAGCUUCCCAACAGAGACAGGCAACUCUAAGGUUGACUUCGCCCCUGUUGUAUCAUCAUCAUUACUACUACUACUACUACUACUACUGUCCUUAUUAUUAGUCACUGCUCCGAGACCCUCAGACCAGUCUAGGGCGGGAAGAGCGGCGCGCGAGAGGAGUCAAGAUGGCGCGCGGCGGCCGGGCC